UUCUUCUACCAUUUGCAUUUUAAAAGUUAUUAUUAAUUUUCUACUCCUAUUUAUUGAUUGGUUGAUGUAGAUUAAAAAUUACUUGGAAACUACUCAGACUGAUGUGACUUAUUUAGUUCUAAAAUUUUUGUUAUGAUUUGAAAAAAUGUUUAUGGAAGUGUGGAUUAGUAAACAAUGGAACAUGUAACAUAUAAUUUUAAAAAAAUAAAUAAACCAGACACAAGAACGUUUCAAAUAAUCCCACCUCCCUUAGAAAUGGAUGGUAAUCUAGCUAGUUUUAUGGAAUUAGUUCUGAGAUGCGUUCCAUUGGUUAAAAAGGUGUUCUGGAUGGUGCUGGUUUCAAGUGGAGGGUCAACUAUUUUAGAUUAAUUUUGUGUUAGAGUUAAGUAUUACUAUCCUCUUAAUUAACCUGCUAAUAAUAAUAACAACUCACAUGGCCUGUUGUUGUACUUGCAUCCUUUCUAUUCUUUUAAAUGUUAAAUAUCUUUUUUCCAUAUGGAUCAAAGAAAUUGCUAGGCUAUUUGUGGAAGGUAGGGGCCGGGUAAUGGGAAUAAAUUGAACACAUGCUCAUUUUAUGCUUGGGCCGCUUAAUUUAUUUAUUUUUAUUUUUUUUUUCCUAUCUUCAUCUUAUUUUUCUUAGUCGUCUUAAUUUUUAUUUGGUUAGCUCGUUUGAUUAAUAGCCAUAAUUAGGAUUAGUUAGAUUUUGGUUAAAUAUUUUAGGUCCCAUUUUAUAACCAAUUUUUAGUUUUUAGUUUUUUGAAAAUUGUGAGCAAAGCAAGCCUAAGUAUUUUAAAAAACAAAUAACAGAAUACGGAAUGAUUAUUAAAUGAGACCUAGUUAGAAAGAUUCGUUAGUUUAGAUUAGAUUUUUAGUUUAAUUCCUUUAGAAAUUAUGUUGAUCCUUGUUUUUUCCAAACCCUUCUAAAAUUAUAAAUUAUAAAUUGCUCCCCUUUCUUUUAAUCAAGUGUUGAAUGCAGGGUUUUGACCAGCUAAAGCUUUCUUUCUCUUCCUCCUUCCUUCUCCUCCCUUAUAUUUCCAGCCGCCUACCUCCUUUUUAUGCGGCGGAAAAAUUUAGUAGCCCAUUAGAACUAACAGAAUGGACUAAAAGAAUAGCAAAUGCAGCAGCUCAAAAAUUAAUUGCAAAAGUAGUAAGAUAAUUACACUUGGCCCAAACCUAAUAGGUAAAAGGACCAACAAUGCCCAAUUGAUAAUUAAUUGUGGAGAUCUACUCAAGAAGAGAGCUUUCUGUGGAGGAGGGUAAUUGCAAGCAUAUAUGGCUUGGAACCGAACGGGUGGAUGACCAAAAAUCCUAAAGGAAAAGCGAGAGGGAGACCAUGGUUUAAUAUUGCAAAAAAUAGUGCUUUUUUUCCCCUUAAGUUCCUUCUCUUUAGAGCCAAUCAAGGGAGAAGGACAAAGGUCUAAGUUCUAGAAAGUUAGGUGGACAGGUGAAAACUCUCUGGCUAACUACUUCCCAAAUAUUUUCUUGCUUUCUUGUAACAAGGAUUAACGAUUGCAGAGUGCUGGAAUGAGGAACAAAAUGAUUGGAAUUUAGGGCUGAGAAGAGGUUUGCUUGGUAGGGAGGUUGACAGUUUGGUUGGUCUAGUCGCUAGACUUGAUGCGAUGAAGGUUGGGGAAGAUUUAGACAAGGUGGUUUGGUCCUUAGAGCCCUCGGGUCUUUUAUCGACGAAGUCCACCUUGCAGAAGCUCUUUGAUGUUACUCUUAGUGUGAAAGUUCCCCUUAUCAUUGAGCAGACUGCGUCACUCACCGCACAAUAUUUUACCAAGAAGAUAUGCUUACCACAUAAAAAUGGAAAUGUGUAUUUGCUGCAGGAGGUUGCAUUCGGAGUUCCCAUUGGAUUAUAUCGUGCCACCUAUUGGUCGAGGAUUUGGCUCUCUUUUCCUCGGUGACGAGUAUAUUCUGACUCAUGAUCUUUUUAAAGGCUGGUGGCAAAAGUUUAAAGUUUCCCUUUCCUUUUUUGCCUACUUCGUCUGGGUAUUUCUAAACUUGAUGACGCCAAGGGAGUGGGGUCGAUAGUAGAGUAUAUUGAUGACGCCAAGGGAGUGGGGUCGAUAGUAGAGUAUAUUGUGUCCUUACCUUGCAGAAUUACUACGUUGGAAGAUCGAGCCGGGCAACUACGACGUCUUAGACAUUGGAGGAAGGUUCGAGAUCACCUUGGGAUUUCCACACAUGGACGCCAAAGAGGCUGCUUUUGCUGGAAACCCACGGCGUCCUUCUGGCUGUUGCAAUCCUGUCAAACAGCUUGGACCUAUCUCCUUAGAACAUGUGCUCCUGGCAUUGCGUGAAUCCAAGGAAGAGAGGGAUCUUCGAACCCGUAGUCUUUUUAAUUUCUUUGAUGCUGCCAACCUUGGAUAUCUUGACUAUGCUCAGAUUGAAGCUGGAUUGUUGGCUCUACAGAUACCUGCUGAGUACAAGUAUGCAAAGGAUCUCUUGAAGGUCUGUGAUGCCAAUAGAGAUGGCAGGGUAGACUACCAUGAGUUUCGCCGCUACAUGGAUGAUAAGGAACUGGAGCUCUACCGCAUGUUUCAAGCGAUUGAUGUUGAGCACAAUGGUUGUAUUCUUCCAGAAGAGCUAUGGGAUGCUCUUGUUCAGGCUGGUAUAGAAAUUGACGAUGAGGAACUUGCCCGCUUCGUGGAGCAUGUUGAUAAGGAUAAUAAUGGAAUCAUAACUUUUGAAGAAUGGAGGGACUUUCUUCUAUUUUAUCCGCAUGAAGCCACCAUCGAAAACAUAUAUCAUCACUGGGAAAGGGUAUGCCUUGUAGAUAUUGGAGAACAGGCUGUAAUUCCAGAAGGGAUCAGUAAGUAUGCCCACCCCUUCAGGUACUUUAUUGCUGGAGGUAUAGCAGGAGCUGCUUCUCGUACUGCAACAGCUCCUCUAGAUCGACUUAAAGUGGUUUUGCAAGUACAAACAACCCGAGCAUGGAUUAUGCCAGCUAUAAAGAAGAUGUGGAAGGAAGGUGGUCUCUUGGGGUUUUUUCGAGGUAAUGGGCUAAAUGUUGUGAAGGUUGCACCUGAAAGUGCCAUCAAAUUUUAUACUUAUGAGAUGUUAAAGAAUAUGAUUGCAAACGGUAGAGAAGAAGACAAGCGUGAUAUUGGAACUGCCGGGAGACUUUGUGCUGGUGGUGUUGCUGGUGCAGUCGCACAAACUGCAAUCUAUCCCUUAGAUCUCCUGAAAACUCGGCUACAGACUUUUUCUUGUGAAGGUGGAAAGGUUCCCAAGUUAGGAAAACUUACAAAGGACAUCUGGGUUCAUGAGGGACCUCGGGUCUUCUAUAAAGGUCUUGUCCCUUCCCUUCUUGGCAUUAUCCCUUAUGCUGGCAUUGACCUUACUGCCUAUGAGACCUUGAAAGAUGUAUCUAAAACUUAUAUUCUUCACGACGGAGAUCCUGGACCUCUCGUUCAACUGGCCUGUGGCACAGUCUCCGGAGCUCUUGGGGCCACGUGUGUUUAUCCAUUGCAAGUUAUCCGAACGAGAAUGCAAGCCCAAAGUUCAAAUAAAGGUGCUGCUCACCAGGGGAUGUCUGAUGUAUUUUGGCAGACACUGAAGCACGAAGGCUAUUGUGGUUUCUACAAAGGACUUCUACCCAAUUUACUUAAAGUUGUGCCGGCUGCAAGCAUUACAUACCUAGUUUAUGAACGGAUGAAAAAAUGGCUGGAUCUUGAUUAGGCAUUAUUGUGUCAUACUUGAUUGAUGGUAGGAGCAUUGAUGAUGAAGAUAAUAGUAGAGAAUCCCCCCCCUAAAAAAAAAAAAGAAAGAAAAAAAAAGAGAGAAGAAAUCACACUUGGCAGAUACCAGUUCGCAUCUUGAGAACUCGAGGUACAUUUUUUCGUCCAGAAUUUUUUGCAACACAAUGAGUAAUAAUGGGAAGGCUAUAUGAUUGGUGAAGCUUGUAAGCGACUAUUCGUGAUAUAUAUGCCUAUGACCUUUGUCAGUAUUUGCGUUUAGAACA